AUGACUUUCAGGAAAUUGGGUGUCUGCUCUGAAAUUGUUGAACUUCUGCGUGAUAAGGGCAUUCUCGUACCUUCAGAAGUUCAACGUGGAUGUAUUCCUCCCAUACUUGAAGGUUUCUGUCUCUUUCAUUGUUUAACCUUGUAUAGGCAACGAUAUUAUUGCGUGUGCACAGACAGGCUCCGGGAAGACCGCCGCCUUCGUCAUACCAAUCUUGCAAGCGCUAAUGAGCGAACCAAGACCAUUUUACGCAUUGAUUCUUACCCCUACCAGGGCAGCCCCAUCUGUACCGUGCAAGUCAUCACCGGGGGGCGAAACAUCGUUCAACAGAGCGUUCAACUUUCCCAAGGGCCCCACAUCGUUGUAGCAACUCCCGGCCGACUUGCGGACCUCUUGCGCACACAAAAGGCCGCAGAUCCAAGCUCCGAACAGGAGUGGAGCCUUUCCAGGUUAAAAGUGUUGGUCCUAGACGAGGCUGACCGCUUACUAGAGGAUAACUUUGGGAAGGACCUUUCGGAGAUUUUGUCCUCACUACCCAAAGCCAGACAGUCCCUCCUCUUCAGCGCCACUUUCAGUCCAGCCAUUAAAAAUGCUAUUGAAGGCGCACGGAUGAAAGCACUGUCAGAAAACCGGCGUCCACCUCUUGUUUGGCAGGCUGAAGGAAUUGAAACAGUGGCACCGGGUGCUACCGCAGCUACCGUCGAUACGCUGAGCCAGCAUUAUCUUAUUACAAAACCCGAACUGAAGGAGGCCUUUCUUGUCUACAUUGUGGAUCAAUUCCUGACUGAGAGCCCCCACUCCCUCAUUAUAGUCUUCUCCAAUAAGUGCAAAUGGUGCCAUCUGCUGGGCCUUAUUAUGUCCGCCGUUGGCAUCCAGUCCGCCGUGUUGCACUCCUCCAUGCCUCAGCGCGAUCGUAUCACAGCACUGAAUUCGUUUAAGUCCAGUCACAUACGCGUUUUGAUUGCCACUGACCUGGCCAGCCGGGGCAAGAAAUUGCAAAGGUUUGACGUUAAUGAAUCUCAAGUUGCCAAGAUAAUUGCUGAAGUAACUAUUGCUCGACGCAAUGCAGAGCGUAAACUAGAUGAACUGCGCUUCGAUGAGAAACGCGAAAUUAUCAAGGCGAAAAAUCUACUCAAGGCCCAAAGCAGCAAGAAGGCAACGUGA